AUGCGCAACGACGUGGCGCUUAUUCGCACUUUAUUGAAAGCGAAUCCUCGGAAUGGUAGACCAGAGAUCGAAUGUCGUAUUCCGCUGGAACAAAUCCUCAGAUGUCGUCCUGGGCUGCGAUGUAGCACACUCGAGCUCAUCAAUGUCUUCGCCGAGCACGGCGCUGAUGUGAGUAUCAACAUCAACGCUGGUGGUCACUUGCUCCUCAUGGCGGUCAGACAGAACGAGGUCUCUCUUACGCAGACGUUGCUGGAACAUGGUGCAAAGACGCAGAUUUUGAAUGCCGCGAAUCAAACGCCUUUGGAGAUAGCAAUGUUUGGUAACGAUGCGAUUGACUCGCGGUCAGUAGACGUCCUGAGGCUACUGUUACGGUACUGUUCGAAUCUGGAUACAACGUUGCACGACGGUAGUACACUUCUGCAUCGCGCGGUAGAAGCUCGAUGUCCAGAGCGCGUUCGACUUCUACUGGAGGCCAAGGCAGGACGCCACACUCACGACCAGCAUGGUCGCACACCACUCCACGCAGUCAUCAAUGACAAGACAAGGCUCGACCAAACAGAACAUGAUAUGAUCGAACUCCUGCUAGAAAAUCGUACUAACGCCACUGCUCAAUUCGAUGUUAGCAACGUCAUUUUUCAUAUUGGUGUAGAGAUCCAAACAGAGGCACUCUCGAUGUUCGUCCAGCACAGUGUAGCUACACCCAGCGCGAGCCAGCCACGCGCAACCCGAUUCCAGGAAGCUGUAUGGAAUAGAUAUUUCCAGUACUGCGAUGGCGACACUGCCAACAUUCUCAUGACAGCAUACAAAGAGGCGAAAGGUUCUGAUGGCGAGAUUAAUACACCACUGCAUGGCUUUGCUCGAGCCGUGCGUAUCAAUGAAAGGCUUGCUGACACCCUCCGUUCACAUGGAGCGGAUUUGCAAGCACUGAAUUGUACUUGGGGAAACUCUUUGGCAUUGGCGCUGCGACUAGGCAAAUUAGAUGCAGCACAGGCUUCAACAUGA